AUGAACAGUAAGCAAUGGAACAGUGAUUCUGGAAAAAAUAUGAGUGAAGCUGUGAAGAGCAAGGACCAUCUACCUACGAGUCCUAAGCGGCUUCAAUUCUCAGAAGCUGGGUCAUCAAGAGUAGAUCUAGAUCUGGGAAAUGCAGAGAAGAUGAAGGAAAGAAUGGAACAUGCGAAAGAUGUACGAACGCAGAAUUGGAAAUCACAAAUGGGGCUGAAGCUGGAGUAUAUACCACCAAGCCACAGAGAAGAUAAACCUCAAGUAUUAUAUCAUCAAGAGGGAUAUUAUGUCUUCAGAUUUGGGAAAAGGGAGGAUAAGGAAGCUAUAAUGCAGGCAGAGCCAUAUACAUAUCAUAAUAAACCACUGAUUUUGCAAAACUGGGAAAGAGAUUUUCACUUUGAUCCUAAGUGUAUUACGACUAUACCAUUGUGGAUACAAUUGCCUAACUUAUCAGUUGGAUACUGGACAGCAGAUGCAUUAAGUAAGGUGGCAAGUGCUGUGGGAAUGCCUAUGUAUACAGACAGAUACACAGCUGAAUUAGGGAAAAUUUCUUUUGCAAGAAUACUUCACUUUGGGCAUGAAUUGAUUGAAUGCUGGAAGAUAAAUAAGAAAGAGGAGAAUGAAGAAUUCCAAUUGCCUAGAAGAAGAAAUAGAGGAAGAAGGAACAGAAUCAUACAAGAGUGGAAACCAAAGGAACAACAAGCACAAGAGGAGACAAAUGAAAUGGCCAAUGUGGUACAAGAGCAGGUGGAGAAUGAACAACAACCACAUCACAGUCUAGCAGACCAAAGAGGAAAAAAGGUGAUAAAUACAAAGGAAAAUGAAAAACAGGCUUACUUCCUGAGCAACCAGAGAAAAAGUGAAGAAGCUAAUAGAUUUGCAGUGCUGAAAGAAAUGUCACAUGAAGAUAGAACGAGGGAGGAGGAAUGGAUGUCUAGGAAACUAGAAGUUAAAGAAAAAAGUCCAAAAAAAAUUCUGUACAAAAUAGCAAAGGACUGGGGAUACAAAUGCAAUUAUGAGCAGGCAGAAAAUGGUAGAAUAUGGGUGAUUUGGAAACAAAACCUAUCAGUGGAUGUAGUGCAAGUUCAAGAGCAAUGUAUCCACUGUAAGGUAACUGAUGCAACGAAUGGAAGGCAGAUCAUGCUAUCAGUGGUAUAUGCUAGGAACAAAGCUCAAGAGAGAACUAGAUUAUGGAAAGAACUGGAAGCAAUGGGGGGUGUGAUUCAAAUGCCAUGGAUCAUAAGUGGUGAUUUUAAUACUGUGCUAUGUUCAGAUGAUAGACUGGGCCAACCAGUCACUAUGAAUGAGAUAAAGGAUUUUAAAGAAUGUAUUGAUACACUGCAACUAUCUCCUGUGAAGACAAAAGGCUAUUUUUACACUUGGUGCAACAAACAACAAGCAACUGAUAGAGUAUACAGCAGAAUAGAUUGGGUGCUUGGAAACUUUGAGUGGAUCAGAGACUAUGGACAUGUGGAAGCUGAUUGUUUGGAACCUGGAAUAUCUAAUCAUUCCCCUAUAGUGAUCCAGAUAUGGAAAAGGCAGAAUAUGUAUAACAGACCUUUUAAAAUGUACAUGGUAACAAUGGAGCAUAGAGAGUUCAAACCUAUGGUUGUGGAUCUAUGGUUGCAGAGAAAGAACUGUGAUCCCAUGGAAAGAAUAUGGAGGAAACUGCAGGAUUUAAAGAUGAAGUCAAAAGAUCUGAACAGGAAAUGA